AUGAAAUUCACCAUCGAAACCUACGACUACGAGUGCACGACCAAGUGUCGUCUCGUAAGCCAUGGCAACGCGAUCACGGCCGCGCUCACCAAGCGCUCCGUGCCGGAUAAGCAGUUGGCGGCGUUCAUUGCGAAAACGUGCCGCAAUUUUGCCAAUGUCCUCGACGAGUACGGGCGUUCGGCGCUGCACAUGGCGGCCUCGGUUGGUCGGGACGAGCUCGUCGAGUGGCUCAUCGAUCAGGGUGCGAACAUCGCGCAGAAGGACACGGAAUCGGGCCACACGGCCCUUCACCGGGCGCUGUACUACGGACGCGUAGCGGCAGCCAUACGCCUGGUGAAGCGCGGUGCGGUACUCGAUACGCCGGACAAAGAUUUCGUAAACCCGUUGCAGCUCUGCAGUAGCGGCAAACGUCUGCCGGUCUGCGACACCGAGGUCGUGGUGUGGGGAAAGAACAAGUACUACAACCUCGGCACCUCCUCGCUGGUGGACCGCGAUGAGCCCCGUAGUAUAGAGCUCUUUCUGCAAGACACCGUUCCGAUCAAACGGGUUGCGAUCACGGCGUACCACAGUGUGUUUCUGCCACCCGACUCAAAGGAAGUGUACGUGGUGGGGUAUGGCGUCGGCGGACGACUGGGCCUGGAUGGUGAAUACACGGUCACCCGGCCAGAAAGAUUGCCGGUCCCUGCCUCCCAAAACACGACGGUCGCCGACGUUAGUGCCGGUAAAUAUCACACCCUUCUGCUGCGCGACGAUAAUCGCAUUUUCGCCUGCGGAGAGAAUAAACACUGCCAGCUGGGAAUCAGCCCACCACCGGAGAAGCAGCUCACCUUUCGGGACAUAAGCGAACGUUCAGUCCUAUACAACAUCACGAUCGCACGUGUCAUCGCCAAGGACUAUCACUCGAUCGCGGUCGGCAUCAAGGAUGUGUACGUGUGGGGACUGAACGGUGGCCAGUUUGGGUUGGAACGCGAGGCCCACAGUGAAGUGUUUGUGCAGCCCAAAGCGUUGGUGCUUCCGAGGAAAGGGGAUGCAACCGUCGUCCUGGUCGAUUCCAGUAAUGCGGCCAUCGCGGUGUGGACGUUGCCGGCAUGCCUGUACAUUCUGUACGGCUUUAAGGUGAAAACGUUCAAAAAUCCGCUAAUGGAGCAAAUCAUCCACGUCUCGGUGGCGGGCGGUGAUCUGCAGACCGCGCGCGACGAUGUCACCCGCCAGACGGGCGAGGUGCGCGUGAUCGUGAUCACCGUUUCGCGCCUCAUCUGCAUCUGGUACGAAGAGCAGCAGCAAUUUGUGCGCUGUGUGUUCUCUCAGGCGUGCAACCUGGAGGUGGAGAAGAUGAUGUGGUGCGGGGACAGUGUGCUGGUGUUGCUGCUGGGCCAUCUGUACCGUGGCACGCUGACGCACAGAGUGUCGCGCUCGGUACGGUCCCAUCACAGUGGAUCGAUGAAGAUGUUCAUUCGGCGGAGUGACGUAUGCGAAUCGUUGAAAACCCGCAUCGAGCUGCAGCGCAUUCCAAAUCUGACCCACGUGAGGGACAUCGUGUGCCAUGAGGGGGGUGAGAACUACGCGGCACUGAUCGAAAACUCACGCCGGACGUUGGAGGAGCCAGAGGAGAAGCCCAUGUGCACCGGGUUCGAUACACUGCUGGCCGACGCGUCCCCGGACGAUGACGUGCACGAUGUGGUGCUGUGCGUCGAGGGACACCAGUUCGCCGCACACCGAUUCAUUCUGUACCAUCGCUCGGAGUUUCUGCGCCGCCUGUUGCAAGCGAGCCCCAAGCGCCCCGAGUUCGAUCACAAGCAGGGUGCAAUGUUUAUCGAGGACACACGCCCUGAGUUCGAUCUGAUGCAGUGUGGCAUCGACGGGCUAACCGUGGGCGCAUUCAAGCUAGCCCUGCGCUACAUCUACACCAAUCGAUACGUUGGGCGCGAGGACGUUUUACGGUUGCUCAGGAAACCGGGCGAAAAACGGGAUCCGAAACCGGGAGCCAUUGCGGAGCUAUGCAACCAGCUGCGCGGUGUCUUCGAACGCUUGGAGCUCAGUAGGCUGGCGGAAAUGCUUGAACGGAUUUACAGUCCAUCCAGCGGGUUGCUAGCGUAUGACCCACCGGAGGAGCCAUUCCCAGCACUGCCCUUCAAUUCAUAUCGCGAGUUGCACGAUCUGACGAUCUUGCUGCAGGGCCAAGAAACGCUACGGGUGCACCGAUGUGUGCUGGUAACCCGCCUGGAGUACUUCGCUGUGAUGUUCGGCCACACUUGGGGCGAAAAUCGCAAGACUGCCGAUCUUCACACGAUACCCCACUGCAUAAUGGAGACGAUCGUAAAGUUCCUGUACGACCACGAUACGUUCGAGUUCGAGCUGAUGGAUCAAUGGUUGCUGACAUUUAUGCUCCCAGCUUGCGAUCAGUUGUUUGUGGAAGACUUGAAGCGUUUGCUCGAGACACUCCUGGUAAAGAAGGUGAACUUGUACAAUGUGAUCACUGCUCUGCAUUUUGCCUGCAAGUUCAAUUGCGAGCUAGUGAAGCACGCCUGUCUGCAACUGAUUAGCACCAACCUUGACCGGCUGCUCGAGGCCCACCUGCUAGAGCACCUUUCACCGAAAAUUCUGGAGCAGAUCGGCACGUUCUACCGGGAACACUACAAUUUGGACAGCUACCGAACGAUCACACCGUUCUCGGAUGCGAUCGGCGACGAGGAGCUCGAUCAGUUCGUGCGCAAGUUUCGUGUCCAGUUUAAGAAAAAGCCACUGUACAUGAAGGCGAAAAAAGAACCACCGCCGUCUGCGAAGGUUUCCCGAUCGCAGCAGCAGAAGCUCAGCUUGGAGAAGGAAGCGAUGGAUUAUCUCCAGCGACUCUCGCUGGAGGAAGAGUCAGUGGCAAACGAACGGAAGAAUGCUGCCGCAGCCGCUGCCACCAAAAUCAGCAAGGGGCGCGCCCAAGGCGCGGAACAGGACAUAUGCGCCACCGGUUCACCACUGCCGAAGCCGGAAGCGGAUGGUACAAAGUCGUGGCACAAGGUAACGACGGCAACGGCGGAUGCGAAACGAAAGUCGGCCCUGUCAGCCGCACUGCGAGCGAACGAAGUGAUGAAGGCAGAAGCUCAACAGCAGCACCCGUCGGGUUCGGGUGAAAGCUUCUCGAACCUGCGGACGGUGCUCGAACAUUCGUCGCCAACCAGCGGACCGCGGGGGGGAUCGCCGGACGAGGGCCAAGAAACGGCGGCACCGGCCGGGGCGACACCUCCCGGUACUAUAGUUUCUCCGAUCAGCUUGGCCGAUUUCGGCCUGCAGAAGGGUAAACUGUCUCAGAAGCAACGGAAACGGCUCUCGUCGGUCACGGAGACGGUGGCGACGGUGGCGACGGUGGCGACGCCAGGCGCAACGGAGAGCAACGGCGGCGGCGCCGAGGAUCAGCAGCUACCGACGGUGAGCAACCCGUGGAAGACCAUCACGUUCCCAUCCGUGGCCAGUCUCGACGCCAUACAGUCAGCCGAAGCGGCCGGCGGUCUGCGGCCACCGGAAGCUUCGGACGUUGCACGCCGGCAACGCCAACGGCAGUCCAGCAACGGCAGCGGCACCGCUGGGCAACGACUCAGUUCGGGCGAAAAGGACUUUACCGAGAUUCUGGCCGACGAGCGGCGCCAGAAGCAGUACCACGAGAAGCAGCGUUUGAAGUCGCUCACGGAAACGCAGCUUGAGGAACAAGCGAUCGAGGAGCUGAAGGCGUUCUACAACGUGGAACAGGUUUACGACGAGCACAUCACCAUCGAACGGUAUCGGCCUCCGCUGACGGCUGCUCCGAAGGUAGCCGUCUGGGGCCAGCGCCAGUAAGUGUUG